UUCGUAAGGUGUUCGACGGGGAGGGGUGGUUUUGUUAUCUUCAGAGGAAUCAAUGAAUUUCCGCAUAUGCUUCUUCUACCUUAAUAAUAUAGAUAGAUUUUAUUUUCAAUCUUUGAACAUGCAAAGAUUAAUUAUCAUUAAUGGCAUAAAUAUCUUCACAAAAAGAUCAAUUACUAUUUACUUACAUAUCUUACUUAAUUUUACAGAAAUAUACUACUAUUUAUAAAUAAUUUUAUUAUGUAAAUUGAUUUCAUAUCAAAUAUAUCCAUUUUAUUAAAUUGUGUAUAUAUAACUUUUUGGAAAAAUAUCUCAUUAUGGGUUACUUAUAGGCCAUACAAGUCUUCUUAAAAAAAAUUAAUUUUGUAAUAGUAUUUCAUUAUUGCCUCAUCAUAAAAUAUCUGUGCUCAGUUAAUCUAGUAGCCAAAGUUUCACAAUUCAGAAAUGGUUACAAACUUACAAUCCCCAGAAGUAAAUCCCCUAUAUGUGUCCAGUGACUUCUCUAUAAAUUGUAUCAUUUCCUCAACGUUUUUGUUUGCCUCUUUUGAUUGUUCUAACAAAUCGGUUAUUCAAUACUGUUGAAUCUAUUGUUGUUUUCUUUAAAAUUUCUGAACUUUAAUCAUUAGAAAACUCUAUUACUUUGCAAUUUUCAUUGUUUUUAGCUGCACUAAGAUGGAAACACCAAAUAGCUUAGAAAAAAUCUCAAGGUGGGAAAAUAUGGAGAAAAACAUAUUAGCCAAGAUAUUUGGGAUGCUCAACGUUGUUGAUAUAAUCAAGGGGACAUCUCGCGUCUGUAUCUCUUGGUUCCUUGCUUCUCACAACAAAUCUUUAUGGAAGACUAUAGACUUAAGUAAUCUCAAGUCAAUUAUUUCAAAAAUUCCUGAUAAGGCAGACCCUCUGUCUAAUGACGAAGAACACCAAUAUGAGCUCAGAAAUAUAUUGGCUGAGAUAACUAAAUUUAACAGCUCAGUCACGACAAAUCUAGUUUUUGAUAACUGUUACUAUAUACAAGAGGAGGAACUCGCGAUCAUUGCUCCAACGAUGCCAAACGUAAAAAAAUUGUCACUGCCGCUCUAUCAUAAUCUAAAUGAGAAUUCACUAAUGUUUACAUUCAGCCAGUGGAAGAAUCUCCAAACGUUAGUCAUUACUCAACCUGGUUUACCCAUUAGAAAUGCUAACUUUCGCGCCAUUGGAGAGAACUGCAAGAACCUCACCAGCCUAAAGCUUAUCCGGCUUUUAGACAAUGACUUAGCCUAUCAAAUUGUGAGUUACUUCUCAAACCUGGAGAGUUUAAGCUUCCGAGGUGCAGCUUUAUACAUAGAUGCACUAUUGUCGCUUGUCACUGAUCACCAAAACCUCGGGAACCUAAAUCUUUCACAUUGCUUAUACAUAGAUUGUAAAGGAUUUGCUAAUGUAUACUACAAUAACUACAUAAAGGCGUCAGGUUUAGAGACCGAAAAUAUCGUACAAACUGCCACUCAAAAGCUUGACACAUUUAUCGUGUGUUCAAAUCAUUGCGAGACAUGCAACGAGUUGCGGGGACGUAUGCGAGGCCGUUGGGAUUUUCACUGCAACUACUGUAUGUUGUCCAAUGAGCAAUGGAAAACUGAUGAGAUAAAGGAACUUAAGUUUUAAAGUUUUGUUUAGUGUCUUGAAUAAAUGUUUAUUUUCAUGGAAAAUAUUUUGUUAUUGGACUAUUCUUCUUGUUCCUUUCUACAAUCGUUAUAAAUCUCUUAUCAAUUUAUUAUAUAUAUAUAUAUAUAUAAAUCAAUUAACCUUAUAUAUUCAUGAUUAAGUUUGAGUAAAUGUUUCUUUUCAUGGAAAAUAUUUGUCACUAUUCCUUUCU